AUGGAGCCCGCCUGUCGCAAAGACAAGCCGAAGUUGAACUCUACUCCUACUCGCGGCGACAGGGCCAAGCAGAAAUCUGCCCAGCAGGAAGAGAAACAACGACAGCGGGCAGAGGUAAAGUCACACAACAUUGGCUUGCUUGGAUGGCAGUAUCUUUCAAACUAGCUAAAUGACAAGAGUUGGCUAAAGUGGAAAAAGACUGACCAGUCUGUCAAACAUGUCAUUCGACAGUACUCAGUGGUGGCUGACUGGCUGCAAUUCAAUGGGUGGGCGAAUUAGUUCAAACUGCUCAAGCUUCUGCAGAGAAGUCAAAUGACGUGUUUCAGUGAUAAGGAUAAUCUACAAUAAUUAGCCAGUUAGCCUACACACAUAUUUUCCCCCUGCUUUAUGAUGCUACUGCUAGUUGGCUGAUCUUCAUUGUUGUGUGUGUGUAUUUUAGAUCUACGCCCUGAAUAAGGUGAUGACAGAGCUGGAGCAGCAGCAGUUUGAGGCCUUUUGUAAGCAGAUGCAGUCCCAGGGAGAGUGA